UCCCAUUACUGGAUCCAUCUACCUGAUGGUGGUGAGAGAUGGUGGGACCUUCCUGUGUGGAGUCUCGGGAAUACAGAGGACGGGGACAUCUCUCUGGUGGGUUCCCAUUACUGGAUCCAUCUACCUGAUGGUGUCCUGGGAAUACAGAGGAUGGGGACAUCUCUCUGGUGGGUUCCCAUUAUUGGAUCCAUCUACCUGAUGGUGGUGAGAGAUGGUGGAACCUUCCUCUGUGGAGUCCCGGGAAUACAGAGGACGGGGACAUCUCUCUGGUGGGUUCCCAUUACUGGAUCCAUCUACCUGAUGGUGGUGAGAGAUGGUGGGACCUUCCUGUGUGGAAUCCCGGGAAUACAGAGGACGGGGACAUCUCUCUUGUGGGUUCCCAUUACUGGAUCCAUC